UGAUUAUCACAGACACGCACACAAACGCGGUGUGUAAACGUGCGGCGUCUUCUUUCACUCACAACUACGGUGUAAUCAGACUGAGUGUCAAGCUGCGCUGUAAACAACGACGUUCAUUUGUUAGUGCUUUGUUUUCUUCCCACCUGAACAUUUCACAACAUCUCAGUUAUGACAGAUACGGAUUAUAAUUUUUUACUCGCUACGGAUUCAUACAAGAUCACACACUACAAGCAGUAUCCUCCAGACCUCAAUAAAGUCUAUUCGUACUUCGAGUGCCGGCACAAGAAAGGAGCUCAGUUCAACCAAGUGGUGUUUUUCGGCCUGCAGUAUCUCCUGAAGAAAUACCUCGCAGGCCGCGUCGUCACAGAGGAAAAGAUUCAGGAGGCGAAAGUGUUUUACCAGAUGCACUUCAAGCAGACAGUGUUUGACGAAGAAGGCUGGAGGAAACUGUUGGAGAGAUACGACGGCCGCCUCCCGAUCCGCAUCAAAGCCGUUCCUGAGGGGAAGAUCGUUCCCAGGGGAAACGUCCUGUUCACUGUAGAGAACACAGACCCUGACUUCUUCUGGCUCACCAAUUACAUUGAGACUAUGCUGGUCCAAAUGUGGUACCCCAUCACCGUGGCAACCAUCUCCCGGGAAUUCAAAAAGAUCCUCGCCAAACAUCUGAAGGCAACAUCAGGAAGUUUGGAAGGUCUGGAGUACAAACUGCAUGAUUUCGGGUACAGAGGAGUCUCCUCUCAGGAGUCAGCAGCGCUGGGAGGAGCCGCUCACUUGGUGAACUUUUCCAGCACGGACACAGUGGCUGGAGUCCUCAUGGCUCAGCGCUACUACAACUGCCCCAUGGCUGGUUUCUCCAUACCUGCUGCUGAGCACAGCACAAUCAUCUCCUGGGGCCGGAACAGAGAGAAGGAGGCGUAUGAGUACCUGCUGGACCAGUUCCCCUCAGGCCCCAUGGCGGUGGUCAGCGACAGCUACGACAUCUUCAAGGCCUGCAAGCACAUCUGGGGAGACAAGCUGAAGGAUCGAGUGAUGGAGCGCAGUGAAGACUCGGCCCUCGUCAUCCGGCCCGACUCAGGAGACCCCACUGAGACGCUGCUGAAGGUGAUUAAGAUUUUAGAGGAGUGUUUUGGCUGUUCCCAGAACUCUGUAGGCUAUAAAGUGCUUCCAUCAUACGUGCGCAUCAUCCAGGGAGACGGGAUCGAUCUGAACUCAGUCGAGAAGAUCCUGAAGAAGCUCAGCGAUGAGGGCUGGAGUGCAGAGAACGUGUUCUUUGGCUGUGGAAGCGCCUUGCUGCAGAAGAUCAACAGAGACACACUGAACUGUGCCUUUAAAUGCAGCUACGUGGAGAGUAGCGGCAAAGGGAUGGAUGUGUACAAGCAGCCAGUGACGGACCCGUCUAAGGGAUCGAAGCGCGGUCGUCUGUCACUGAGGAGAAACUCGGACGGGUUUAUAGAGACGGUGGAACAAGGGGCAGGCAAACCGGAGGAGGACAUGCUUGUGACAGUAUUUGAGAACGGGACCAUCCUUAAGGAGUACUCUCUGGACGAAAUACGGAAGAACGCCCAGCUCUGGGAAGAGGACCUGAGCCCUGGGCAGCACAACCAGGACCACAGCAGCACACUGGACAUCAACCAGGAACACAUCAUGAACGGCAUACACUAAUCACAACACCGCCCUCUCACCAACGGACCAAUACGUCCCCUCCUUUCCGUCAGACUCCAUCCACCCUUUUCCCUUUCACGCUCCACCCCAUUCCUCUUCUUGUUCCCAUUCCCAACAUCCCUUCAGUGUCUAUAAUCAACUAUAAUCAACCCAAAUUAGGUUUAUCCUGCACGGAGUGACGGAUCACGAUGACGUUCGAGUUUAUAGAUCAUGUUGAUGUUACAUCAGGUUUUUACAUCUUUUAGAGUUACGCUGAAAUCUACCAAAACCUAUAAACAUCAGUUUGUGUGCAGUGGUGGAAAGAACUUCUGUCGACCUAGAAGCUUUCGAAAGUUAGUAAUAAAUGAAGUCUUCUGUUUCUUUUUUUCCCCCCCGAAUGCAGGAUGAUGAAGUGUAAAUAGAUCCAGUUAAUCAAUUUGUUCAGUAUUCUAUAUCUGCCUUUUCCACCACUGUCGAAUUCACACAAAAUGCCAAAUAUCGCUAUCGGUGCUUAUGAAAGUAGCACCGUUAGCAUAAUAACAGCAGGGCUUUGUUUUCCUCAGAUUUUCACAUGGGUCUUUGGAAAUUUAGUGAUAAAUUUAAAAAGAAAAAAAAAAAGGAAUGGAAUGGAAGUAAGGAAGAAACAAAUCAUGUGACUGAAUCAUCUCCAUAAACAGUUUCCUUGAAUGAAUAAUUCUGACAAUACAGCCUAUGCACUUGAGAUAGGAGCAGAACGAAAUAUACGCAAUAUGCAUUUCGAAUACGCAGAAAGCCGCACAUUCGCUUAGCUUACAGUCCCAUUUGUUCUUUGUCGGUUCUCGUCGGACGAUUAUUGCUGAAACAGCGACCCGCGGUUAAGUGCACAUAACGAAACCAAAUACUCCUGGGGGUCUCUGGAUCGUUAGUCGUCGGUUGCUAAGCAUCAAACAUGGCUAUGCUCACCAUUUCAGACGAUUAAUGCUGCAUAGAAACGUCUAUAAGGCCACAUAGGUCUACGGAUACGUUUGAUGCAGUUAAAACGCAUUCAUAAGGCGUUUAUGAAAAUGCACAGGCCCAGUGUCAAAGAAUCCCAGCUUGUAUUCUAGACUGCAUCGUGUUGUAGAUAAUACACACAGUAAAAAUUCAGACCUGUCCUUUUUUUUUUUUUUUUUUGCUUUGUUUUUUAAACCUCACCACAAAAGACAUUUUCUGUUUUUUUCUUUUUACAUUUGUCUUAAUUUUUGGAACUCACAAAGGACAUUUUUUUUUUUUACAUUAAAUGUUUGUCCAUAUUUUGUCCACAAAGGGCAUUUUCUUUAUUAAAAAAAUAAAACAUUAAAUGUAAAAUAUUUUAUUAUUGCAGCUCUUCUAAGCAACAUUAUAUAAUAUAAAUAGUACAAUAUUAACAGACAUAUAUUUUUUUUUUAUAUUAUAGUAUUUUAUAUUAUAUUUGAUUGUCUUUGUGAGUUCCGUCAUUUUCCCGAAGCCUGAGAUGCGAUUAUAACUACUGAUAGAGUUAAAAAAACACUAACUAAUAAAUCGCUACAGCAGUAAGUAACUGACAGAAACAGUUAUUGUUUGAAACACUUGUAUGGCGUGUUGUUUUAACAGUGCGUAGUGCAUGAACGACACUGUAAUGCAUUUUCAUAAAGAAACCCUGUGUAUAACGCCUUAUGAAUGCGUCAGGGCCUGUUAUGGACAUCUUCAUUGUUUAUAAUUUACUGAAUGUGGCCUAAUAAAAAGUAUUGCUGGACUUCUUCCUCACACUAAAUCAGUGUACUAAGAAUUUAUGUGUGUGUGGGUGUGUGUUUGUGUCCGUUUCCCAACACGUAAUACUGAGUGAUCUAUCGAGGCGUCGAAUCGUUCACACUGCCUUAACACUCACUCUGACUCUGGUGCUCUUUAUUUGCACUCUCCGUCUCUCACUUUUUCCCUCUCUAAAGUCUCUGACCCUCUCCUUGUCCCAUGUGAGUGACUGCUCUGUGCCUCGUUGUUUGUUUUUCCUACGUCUUGUCAAUUUUUGUACAAUUCAGACGCUCUGUCCCUGUCUGUGUGUCUCGUCUGUUCGGUGAGAACGGCACAUUUUCCUGAUCCAUUCUGAACAUCAGAUAUGAAGCAGAUACUGAAGAUACCUCUCACUUUUUUUUUUUUUCUAUGCCACAGUAAUGCUGUGUAAUAAUAUAAAACGAUGCUAAUUACACUAAAAUGAUGUGUAUUAUGCUGUUGUGUAAAUAAUUUUUAAAAUUGUAGCAGUAAUGUUUUCGGCUUUUAACCCUUUUUCUCAGACCUUUUUUUUUUGCAUAUUAUGUUUUUAGAAACAUGAUAUUUAGUAUGAAGAAAAAUAAAUGAAUAAAAUGCCUUUGCUUUCCA